UCAUACAGAAACCUGGUGAAAGUGAGGGAGAGGCAGCAGAGAUGGAUUCCCAUAAAAAUAAGCAUCUCAAGCUGAAAACUGAGCGGUGCAAGCUAAAGCAGCAGAAACUGGAGAAGGACAACAAGCUCCACAAGAGGACCUGGAAUGAGGAAAUGGCUGAUUUAUUCAUUGCAGAGAUGCCAAAGCCAGUGCCUAAUUCAGAGAAAACAAUUUAUAGGCCUCUGAGAGAAAAGGAACCUCGCCUGUACAGAAUCUGGGAUGUUAGCCAGAAGUUCCUUUUCCUGGUGAACAAUAUUAUAGUUGCAAAUGCUGGAAAUUCAAAUGCACCAGAGGUGUUUAUGGAGGUGUUCCCCAACACUGCUCUUGAUCCAAAAAUGCAGCCCAUUUUUAUGGGCCCCAACGGCAGAAAAUACAGUCUGUCCUGUGUGAAGGAUGAUGGGGAUGAACCUCAGCUACAGCUAAAAGAAAUUGACAUCAAGAAGCUUUACAACCAGAAUCAGGAUUCCUUGAAUUUCACUUUCUACAGCAAGACUGAUGGGAGCCCAGAGACUUGCUCUUUUGAAUCUGCAGAGUUUCCGGGUUGGUUCAUGAGUACUUCUCCAGAACCGAACAAACCUGUAGGGCUGAGUCGCCAAGGAGGUGCUGAGAACACACUGUUUUAUUUCCAGAGGCACUCAAACACUAUGAUGUUACAGUAGACUCUUUGUUGCUGUUGUUUUAAUGGAAGGUUAGAGAAGAAGAAGGUGUAAUCUGUAUGUAUGGUGUGUGGGGUUAAAUGAUUGCAGGGACCACAGAAAAGAUUUUAUUGGUACUGAAGAGCAGAAUAAAUAAAUAAUCAUAUUUCCCUCCAUUCAAGGUGCAUAGUAUCAAAAGCUAACUGAAUUAUUUUGGCUCAUAACAUACAAAAUCCCAUUAAAUCCCUGCCCUGUCCAUGGCAGCAAAACAUAAAAUAAUUACAAUUUGAUGCCUUUUUGUGACAUGCAAAAAUCUGAUGCCCAAAGCCAUUGUUUUUCUCAGCCUAAUAUGCUAAAGGGCUGCCUCUGAUAAACUGGGACAUAAAGACAAAUUUAUUAUUUGAAUUGGGAAGUGGGCCAGAUUAAGCUACUUGGUCGGCCACUUAAACGUGGGUAGCCAGAAAAGAACAAAGAUUCUAUUGUACCACUCAUCCUACUCCUCAACACUGUACUCCUGUUGUUGUACUACUCAACGUUUCCUAAACUACUUGGGGUAGUCUCAAGGUUGGUGUUGGAGUCCUUGUGACUAGUAGUGCAGAAAGAGUUCAACAUUCACAUUGAGACUGCCCUGUCAGGAGUGGUUCAAGACUUCAUGGCUCACCUGAGGCACCACAUGUACAACUGACCAAGAGAGACCACUGGCUUGGAAGCUUUGCAUUGCCAGGCAAUGCUGACCUCCCUUGGGCCAUGCUCUCCCAUCAGGUCUUUAUUACACUGCAAGACAGCACCAAGUACCCUCUGAGGCUAAGAAAUCAGAUACAAAUAUCAACCCCAGGUCUCGUCUCAUUAUGCACAGAAGAUCUCUCUCACUCUCUGUCGCAUGCUCAGAUGCUUUCUGAGCACACUCUACUUUCUAUGGA